AUGAGGAGAGUUCAAAUCGAGGUCAUGUACCAUUCUGUAGAUCAUGAAAGAGCCCGUGAAGAGACCACCCGAACGACCAAACUCUUAACCAACUUGAAGAACAUUCUGAAUAGUUUCAAAGAUGUCGAUAUAUUGGGAGUCAUGUUCCAAAUGCAGCAGUACAACCUUAAUCAGCCAAAUCUUCCACAACUCCAGGCUGUCCUCCUCCCCUAUGGCCUUAAAUUUGAGAAAUGGACGCUGCACUGCAACUUUGGAUGGAUCAAAUCGGGACGACCAAUUAUCACAGAAGUCAAGGAAAAUUCCAAAAUCGACAGACAGGUUCGUAAAUAUUCUUCGUUAAGAUUCAAAAACAAAGGUUUAUAA